AAAACAUCCAGGAAUGUUAGUUGGUUGUUUGACUCUUUCUCCAUUGUGAAUUUGAUGUCAUUGAAAAAGUUGUUGAUCAAACUGUGGGUGUUUUCUAUAUCAUCCUUUUUAAUGAUGACAUAAGUGUCGUCUACAUAACGAAUCCAAAUUUUUGGUUUGAUCACAGGUAGGAUGAUGGCUUCCAGUCUGUGCAUCACUGCUUCUGCAAUUAAUCCGGAUAUCGGUGAUCCCAUUGGAGUUCCUUUCAUCUGUUUGUAUAUCUUGCCGUUGAAUUGGAAAUAUGUUGUCAUACAAAGAUUUUAAUGAUUGAUAGUAAUAUUGGCGAGUUAUUUUCCUGGGAUGGAUCUCCUGCAGUUGUAUCAUAUAUGGAAGAGCAACCUAUUAUUGGCAUUGAAGUUUACCUUCUAAGACAAUUGACCAAUCCGUUUCGUGUUGCAUGGACACUGAUAAAAUUAGGCUAUGAACCACUUGCUCCGGUCCAAUUCCAUUCACCUUUAGCUCUACUUGGUUUCUCAUCUCCGGUAUAUGUUUAUCCCAAUUUUUUAAGAUUUUUUGCAAACGCUACUCAUGAUUUUACAAUUGAAAUUUUUCGCGCAGCAUUUAAGCGUCGAACUAUGAUAUGGAUGCGAUCAGAAAAUAAGUUGGCCUAUAAAAGACCCAGAAUUCGUGGUGUACAACAUCAAGCUUUGAAAGGAUUUCAAGCGGAACGACUUUUGGAGGAGUCAAGACUUUCAGUUUUCUUCGAAAGAUUCUCUGAGGUUGUACUACUUAAAAUUUGGGAGGUGUUAUUCAGUCAUCCAUUUUAUGUUAUUACUAUAAGACAGAUUGCAGCACUUAUCGGCAAUGAAACUCAAUACAAAUGGUUUCCUAUGGCUAUACAGGCAAUUUAUCGAGAGAAUGGUAUUUUAGGAUUUUUUCAGGGUUUUGUGCCAAGACUAAUUGGAGAAAUCAUCUUAACAUCAGCUUACUAUUGUUGCUGUCGACUUGUUCGAUCGUUAAUAUUUGGUUUAGGACGUCAUUCUGCCGAGAAUAUGAGCAUUUUGAGAGUGUUGUUAUAUUACACAUUGCAUAAUUAUACUUAUCCAUUUGAAUUAACUGGGUGUGUAAUGGCUGUUCAUGGGGCUAAACUUGUCGGUGCUGCUGAGGCUAAUUCUUUCCAUAAUUGGUAUGAAUGUAAAUGUUAUCUUGGUCUCAACAAUCAAAUGAUUCGAGGUUGGCGCCCAUUUUUACGAAGUCAUGUACAAAAGAUUCAUUUACCGGAAAAACAGUUGGAAAACCCUUCUUAUCUAUAUCUUGAUCAACUAAAUACUACUUAG